AUGUAUCAAAUGGCUGUCUCUCCUUUCUCAAAGCUGGAGAGCUUCAAGCUUGGAAGAUCAAGAAAAGCGAGAACGGGAACUCCUAGAGCUGCUGGAGCGCCUAACCUGGCUGUUACGCUACCGUCGCCCGCCUCUGAUCAGCAUUCCAAUACUCCGAAGCACACAUCAGAUACGCAGAGUAGUAAUUGGCAUAUCAUAUCCAUUCUCUCUCCACCAAAAGAUCUCAAGGCUCUGGGACACUAUACUCUUCCUCCGUCAUCUCUAUCUCCAAAUCAACAUGAACUACCCUCACUCCAGAACUCUUCCAGAGAACAAUCCAAUCGGAAAUACACAGACAUUGAAUAG